UGCCCCCGUUUCGUGCUCACCUGCGCUUUCUUUCGUUGAUCCCUGACGCCGACCCUCCUCCACCCGAUCACGCGCUUCCCCCUUACCCUCCUCCGUGAAGAUGGCGGUGCAAGGUGGCGGCGGCGGCGGCGGUGAUGAAGGCGCUCGAAGCUCCGGUGGCACUCCGGGCUCAGGAUCGCUUCGCGUUCCGCUGGCUCCGAUGGAGAAGCGGCUAAGAACUCAAGAGAAGGAGGCUGCCGGAGAAAAUGCGGGCUUGGCAGAGUUGCCCACUGACAUAAUCUCCAACGUACUGUCAAGACUGCCAGUGAAGACACUGUUGCGAUUCAGGUGCGUUUCAAAGUCAUGGCGCUCCAUCAUCGACCACAGGUCGUUUGCCGAUUUAGUCUUAGCUCAGUCACUCGGCCGCUCCGAGGUUACCUCGCUCAUAUCUGUCAUUGGCAACAUGGAGCCGAGUCGCUUCGGCAGCAGGUUCUUUAGCUUAGACCAUCAUACUGGAUUGGCCACUCCCCUGCCCCAACUGGACCGGACUAUCAACUCGACCGGGGAGGAUUCACAAAGUGUCAACGGCUUAAUUUGCUUCGACAUCGGGGAUCUUACGUACCUAUGCAAUAUCGGCACCAGAGAGGUCAGGGCCCUGCCGCCUACCGGUCCCGAUUUCCCUGUCCAUUUGCACCGUGGUAUCCACAGCUUCAGCGCCUUGGGUUUUGAUCCCGUCGCGAAACAGUACAAAGUCAUGAAGACAUGGGUUUCGAACGCCCUCAACCAUUCGGGUGAAGUCAUCACCGCGCACAAGAUUCUGACAUUGGGAACAAGUUCGUGGAGAAAAAUUGAUAGUGGCCCUAUUGAUUUUCCCUGGGGAGGCAGCGUUUGCAUUAACGGGGCCAUUCAUUUCCUGACGCUUGACCUGAUGAGCAACAAAAUAAUCGUAGUGUUCGAUGUGGGGACUGAGAAGUUUAGGACGUUAACAUUUCCUGAUGGUGCCUUGGAUCAGGUGCAUAAGAUGAAGUUAAUAGCAUUUGGAGGCCGUCUGACGGUGUUAGACUAUGAACAUCUUGAGGAUGAAAAUGUCAUGUUAAUGUAUAUACUAGAGGAUUAUACAAAUCAAGUUUGGACAGAACGUCGAAUUGUGCUGCCCCUUAGUUGGAAAGAGGAUCGAAGGCAUUCCGAGCGGUUUCUCGUCGGCAGCGUCCGUGCCGGAGAAAUCUUGCUCGCUCCAAAGGUUACGACUGGGGAAGUGUACUUGCUUUCUUAUGAUGUAGAGAACGGGACUCUGAAGAAGGUUCAAGUUCGUGGUCUGCCCCCAUCUCUAUUGAGGAGUCCUGUGAUCGUCGCCUGUGCACCCAUCGGGUACAUGGAUAGCAUUUUGGCUUUGAGUGAGAUUUAGUCGUGAAGCUAUCGCACAAAUCCUUCUUUUAGAUAGAAGCAGUGUAGGCAAAUAGCAUUGCUGCACAUAUUUGAUCAUCUGAUGUGCUUUCAGGGUUAUGGUCUUCUAAAGAAUGCCUUAAUAUAUGUCACAUGUUUACUUCGACA